UUUAAUCCUCCAUCAAUACCUCACCUUUACCCUCAGGGUGAUCACAUAUUGGUGUACUAAACUUUCAUAAACCCUCAACCUUACCGCAAAGUCCUGUCACCACGAUAUUUUUAAGCAUAUUUUUAUUAUCGAUCGUUGCGAUCAGAGGACAAUAACAGGUGCCUAGUGUCCUACCUCUUCAACCCCAAGCGCAAACACCAUCACCUGGGCAUAAUUUGACUUGCGAUUUUGUCGACAUACUUUCAACACUAUAAGUCAAGGUUUAUUACAGUCACCAUGCCGCCCCUCCUUACAUCUGUGCAUCACAGCCAACUCCAUAACCUACGAAGUCAAUCUCUCGAUGUUAUCCCCAACCACGCCCCUCUACCGGAUCCGUUUAGCCAGGAUUAUCGAUGCGAUGAUGUAGUCGUCUGCGUUGUUUGUGGUGGUAUUUGCAAGCCGACAGUCUAUUCCUCGCUUGCCGUCCAUGACCCCUACCUUCGUCGUGACUGGAUGCACCCCACCCUUAUUAGGGCGCAAAAAGGCUUCCUCGAGUGGUGCAAGCAACCACACACCGCAACAGCGUAUCGCCGACGGGAUGAUAAAGUGCUUCACGCCAUCCCUAUAACCCAGUUUCGCGGCGGUCCCGAUGGCUUUUACGCUGAGGGGUUAGGAAAGUUGGUCAUCAACACCGCAGACGCCGAAAUGAACUUGCCGAUCCAUGCUCGUUGCAUUGAUCUGGCUCUAAUCUUUUGUCGAUACCAGUCGCGAUUCAGCAUUAACUUCCGCGCCUUCAGCACCCCGGAGGGUGGAAUACCUUCCAGUAUCGCGCAUCUCUAUGAAAUUUGGAUGAAGCGCGCCUUGAUGACCAACCCGGGCUUACUCGGCCCUCUACACCAACCAAUCGAUGAACCCAACAACUACUUCGGAGCCGUCGUAACCCAGAAGCUGUAUGAAUACAGAUGGACACUCUCCCAUGAUAACUACAACAUCGCUCUCCAAGAAGCCGACCCGGGACCGAGCUCACUAUACACCACGCAUGUCGUUAUGCUUCGUUCGCAUCCCCUCCCCCGGGACGUUCGUCCAGACCCGAAGUACGAGACCUUGUGGGAAACCAUCGAGAAGCAACCCCCGGAGAUCCGCAACCGAAUCAUGGAGUCGCUUGAACCCUUUGAUGAUCUGGGCAUUGAGGAGACGCGCUGCACUCGCAUCGCACCUCCCUCUUGGUGGAAGGCGCGCCUCUUCAGUCAUGAUCUCCAUCCUUGGCUGUACGACCUUGACGAGGCUUGUCUACGAACAGUGUGCGUCUCGACGGGUAACUCGCUUCCCUUGAGCCCGCAGAUGGACUGGGAGCGUCUUUGCCGCGACAUGGCCCAGCCUAACGUGUGCAAACCGGGCGGAGCCCUAUUCGGGCACGCAGGUCUCUCAAACCGCCACCGUAUCUGGCGUCUCCUAAACAGCGCUAGGCUCGGCCAUUUCUCGUCACCGGGUUCUUCUACAUGUUUCACUUAGAGUCCGGAUUUACCUCCCCAUUCAAGUUGAUUAUCGCCUCUUUCUUUUUGGAACGAACUAGUUCGCGCAUCGCUGCUCAACAAGAGCGGCAAACUCGACAUUAACCGUUCUUUGGAAUGAAUAUCUCUUAACCAGCGCUAAUGCGGCGGGAGGGUAUUUAUCGGUAUUUGCG